CUCGCUGCAAGGGUCAGCUCCCCUCCUUCCUACCACACCAUAUAUACCGUGGCUUUAAUUUCCUCCUCAGCUAUAGAAGCUCUCGAUCGCCGACCCCGUUGCCUCCGGCCGCCUGCCACCUGCUGCUGCAUGCUGAUCUGAAGAACACUCGCUCUUCGAGCCUGAGGUAUAUCAGGAGUGGAGAAGCUAGGAAACAUGAGGGAAAUGGGAGAGAAGAGGAGGCAUCAUGGGCAUCUUAACCAUGCUGGUUUUGCAGGAGGGAUGCAUGACCAUGAGGAGAAGAACAAGGAGCAGAAGCUAGACAUGAGUGGCAUGUCCAUGGACACCCUCCCACAUCUCACCAUGUCUCUUGGUCAAGUCACCAUCUUGGAUCUCUCUAACAACAAUCUCGAGAGCAUCCCAGAGUCGAUAGUCGCACGGCUGCUGAACGUGGUGGUGCUGGACGUGCGGUCCAACCAGCUGAAAUCGCUGCCCAACUCCAUCGGCUGCCUCUCCAAGCUCAAGGUCCUCAACGUCUCCGGCAACCUGCUCGAGUCCCUCCCCAACACCAUCGAGGAGUGCCGUGCACUGGAGGAGCUGCACGCCAACUUCAACGAGCUGACGAAGCUGCCGGACACGCUGGGGUUCGAGCUGCACAGCCUCCGGAAGCUGUCGGUGAACUCCAACAAGCUGGCCCAGCUCCCCUACUCGACGUCGCACAUGACGGCGCUCCGGGCGCUGGACGCCCGGCUCAACUGCCUCCGCGCGCUCCCCGACGGCCUCGAGAACCUCGUCAACCUCGAGACGCUCAACGUCAGCCAGAACUUCCAGUUCCUCCGGGAGCUCCCCUACGCCGUCGGCCUCCUCGUCUCGCUCCGGGAGCUCGACGUCAGCUACAACUCCAUCUCCGCGCUGCCGGACUCCAUGGGCUGCCUCACCAAGCUCGCCAGGUUCAGCGCCGUCGGCAACCCGCUCGUCUCCCCGCCCAUGGACGUCGUCGACCAGAGCCUCGACGCCAUGCGCGCCUACCUCACCGCCCGCAUGAACGCCUCCGACGACUCCAAGAAGAAGAAGAAGGCGUGGCUGCCCAGGACGCUCGUCAAGUACAGCACCUUCACCGCGAGGAUGACGCCCGGCCGCACCAGGGUGCACGAGAACACGGAGGGCCUCCUCAUGUCCGACUACCGCUCGCUCAACGGCCUCGCCUCGCCGAGGUUCCUCACCAUGCUCUCGCCGCGCCGCCUCUUCUCGCCGCGGAGGAACUCGCCCAAGCAUUGCUGAUCCACCUGACCUCUGCCUGCCUACUGCAUGCUUGCCUAGUUGCCUCAUGCCUAGUUGCCUUCUUCAGGUGUUCAUGUUUAGAUGGGAGAUUUGCUUCGGCCCAACAAAAAAUACCACGAGAUAUCAGUAUCUCACGGUGCUAAAUCGUUUCUUGCCAUUGAAUCUAGCUGAGUAGAAUGGACAUUGUCAGAUCCAACAAUCAGAAACAAUUUGGUACCGUGAGUGUUACUAUGCUCCUACAUAGGAUAGAAGAUAUGCUGCUGCUGCAAGGUGUGUAUAUGUUCUCAAGAGGUUUGUAGCUCCGCAUACAGUCUAUAGCUCUUCAAUUUUUGUUUGACGUAAAAAAGCUGUACAAUAUAGGGCGAUGAUGUACAUAAGAAGGGUAAUCUUCUUCCUUGUCUGUUUGUUAAUCGCCACCAAUGCAGUGUUUUCGGUACCGGUGUCCUCUAGAUGUUGAGUGGCACAAAGUUUAAAGGAUUUGUAGUAUUUCCUGCC